AUGACGCUGGCUGAAGAAUUCCGUUCGCGCAACUUCAGCAUCUACGGACAAUGGACGGGCGUGGUGUGCAUUGUCCUUUGCUUUGCGCUUGGUCUCGCCAAUUGUUUCCACUUAGGACUUCGCCUCAUCUUCAGUAUCAUCUGCCUUGCCUCGUCAUUCGUGCUCGUCUUCGUUGAAGUACCCUUCCUCCUCCGAAUCUGUCCCACCUCCUCCAAAUUCGAUGCCUUCGUACGCCGCUUCACAACAAACUGGAUGCGCGCCACCAUGUACGGCAUUCUCAGUGCUAUCCAAUUCGCCAGUAUCUCCGUCGGCGCAUCCAGCCUAAUCGCCGCCGCCGUGGUUCUCCUCAUCGCAGCGCUCUUCUACGGACUGGCAGGUCUGAAGAGCCAGGAGUUUGUUGGCAGCAAGACCCUGGGAGGUCAGGGUGUCGCGCAGAUGAUUGUCUAA